UCCGCAGGAAAAUGUAAACAAAAUUACUUUUGUCCGACACUGCGCUACAGUGCGGGGGAAUCCUACUGCUUUCAUUUUUUCACUUAUUAAUUUAUAAACCUGGUUGUUUUUGUGCGUGGUCACAAGUAACUGACAUAUAUUUUUGUCAGACCAUAUUUCUAUGAGGGCUUUUACCUCCUCUUCACUCCACGUCUGACCACGAGCCAUUUCUCCGCUAGCUUUGCACCCGUGUUUGUUUUGGUUUCAUUUACCCAGAAUGCUCUGCAUGUAAUCCGCUUCCUGUCUUUGGAGCGGCCUGUGGUCCACUUGGCGUUCACAUAUGCAUUCGAACCGUACCAGAGUUCACUUCAACCGGACCGAGACCUAGGUUUUUUGGCGGACCAGAGUUCGCUUUUUUGGACCGUAUCAGAGUUCGAUUGCGCAUUCACACCUGACCAAACGAACCAGACUUUGGCCAAAAGAACUAGAGUUCGAUUAAAGCGUACUAACCAGUGCUAGUGUGAAUACGACCUAAAGCAGGACUAAAACAGGACUAAACCGGGACUGAACCAGGACUGAACAAGGACUGAACCAGGACUGAACCAGGACUGAACCAGAACUGAACCAGGACUGAACCAGGACUAAACCAGAAGUGAACCAGGACUAAACCUGGACUAAACCAGGACUGAACCAGGACUAAACCAGGACUAAGCCAUGACUGAACCGGGACUAAAACAAUACUAAACCAGGACUGAACCAGGACUUUACCAGGACUGAAACAGGACUGAACCAGGACUGAACCAGGACUUUACCAGGACUAAACCAGGACUGAACCAGGACUAAACCAGGACUAAACCAGGUCUGAACCAGGACUAUACCAGGAGGAUUAUGCCAGCUCAGAGCGGUGAUUUCACAGCCCUGUGUGUGUCCUAUUGGCUCAGAGUGAUGAUGUCACACAUGUGUGCGUCCUAUUGGCUCAGAGUGAUGAUGUCACACAUGUGUGCGUCCUAUUGGCUCAGAGUGAUGAUGUCACACAUGUGUGUCCACAGACUCGGUGCGUCUGGUCUCGGGGCCCAGUCUGUGCUCAGGAUCAGUGCAGAUCUGGGACCAGUCCUGGACCUGGGUCUGUGAAGGGGCCUUGGACCAGCAGGGGGCAGAGGUGCUGUGCAGGGAGCUGGGCUGUGGGGCUCCUUCUCUCCUCCAGGGGGCGCUCUCUCCUCUGAAGCAGACGUUCCACUGUGAGGGCCAUGAGUCUGCUCUGAUGGACUGUCCCCGCUCCGGCGCAGAGACCUGCUCCUCUGGAGCCGCUGUCAACCUCACCUGCUCAGAGCCGCUCAGGCUGGUGGGAGGGGCCAGUCGCUGUGCUGGGACUGUGGAGGUGAGACACAGAGGAGAGUGGAGACGGAUGAGGCCCGAUGGACUCUCUGGACUCUGGUUCCUGGAGGACACAGCUGCUGUGUGCAGAGACCUGGACUGUGGCUCUGCUGUUCAUGGAGAAGAGAGAGAGGAUUUUCUAUGGAGUCCAGUGUGGUGGGUCUCAUCUGACUGUGUGAAGAUGACUGCAAUGAGAGAAUGUGUCUAUGGUUCAGAGUCCUCAUCCUCCUUGGGUGUGGAGGUGAAAUGUUCAGGUCCUCCCUCUUCUCUUCCUCCUCCCUCUCCUCCUCCUCCCUCCUCUCCCUCCAUGUGGAUGCUGUGGCUAGUGCGCCCUCUGCUGGUGUCCAGUCCGUACGCCGUGUGCACUGUGCUGCUGGUGCUGAUCUACAGGGAGCAGCGUCGCACAGGAAGUGCACAUGUCGUUUCCAUGGAGACGGGCCAGCAGGAGGAGGAGUAUGAUGACAUCGCCGCUGAGGUCACCACCGAGCACAGCUUCUGAGCCAAUCACAGCUCUGCUUUCAUCUUUAAAUGAGUCUGACAUUUUAAUUAAAACUUAAGAAAUAUGUGAAUAAAAUAUAGUGUUAAGAUUCACUUUAUUUGGUACUUUUUAAAUGUCUUGCACCUGCUUGUUUCCACAUAUUUUAAUAAAAUGUGACUUCAAAGCU